AUGGAACAGGAAUUGAUCCGUGCUCGACGUGAACUGGCCGAUCUGUCACGAUUGAAAAAGGCGAAAGAGGCACGCGAAGCGGAAUGUAUGCGUUUGCGCAACGAGAUCCAGUCGCUGAAAGUGUCCAUGGUUCGAACGGCCAAACAGUUAAAGGAUGAGAGUACGGAAUAUCGACGUUGGCGUGUGGAAAAAGAUCGUGAGUUGCGCAAAUUGCAAGAGCAUGAUCGUCGUUUGCAAUCAGAAAUGUCACAAAUGGCAUCCGUACACGAACGUCAACAAGCAGUUCUGAAACGCCGUAUUGAGGCAGCCGCUGCCACUGAACGUCGACUAAAAGAGCUUUUACUACGUCAACGUGAUCGGCGCAAUGAGCGCGAGAAGCGUCAGACAGAGAUUGCCGGCACUCUGAAUAGCAAAGUAGAUUUCGCCUCUCGUGUUCGGGCCUGGGUCAGUGCGGACUUGGACAUUCAAGUGGGCAUGGGAGAAGCUCGACACCAUUUGCACACAUUGAUGGACUCACGACGUACACUUUGCGACCAGUUACGCAAAGCUGAGACUGAGUUGUCCGCGUGUGACGGGAAAGAAACCGCGGAACGAGAACAUUGGACGGUCGAGGUGAAACGGUUGACCGAUGCGAUUGAGAGUGAAACGCAGCAGAUCACGGAUUUGCAGCAAAAGNUACUCGAUGCCGGUGAACGCUCCUCGCCGUCCGAGUCCGGCGCUCUCAUGUCGGUCGGACAAACGGAACAGAUGCUCAGCUCGCGGUUGGCUCAGUUGCACAACAUUCAAGAGGCACGGAUCGCGUCGCACUUGGUUGUGCAAGGGUUAGAGGUGCACCCUCGAACAAAAGCCGAGCGACGCUGGAGACGUCACCUCAUUCCCAAGUUUCUGCAUGGAUCGUCUUACAAUGGUACAUCACGUUUAUGCUACGGCGUUCCCGGUAAGCGACGCACCCUGCGCCCUCCCAGUGGCUGGGGUGACAAAUGA